GUGUUCUUGCACUGAAGUCCUUUGGCUGCCGGAUUCUGCUUUCUGGCUUGUAUAGGCAGUGUCUUCUUAAAUCGAUGGUGCACUUGGAAAAAAAGCAAACACAGGCCUACUGGCCCCGGGGCCCCGGGUCCUAUGUCUCUAUGACUGAUAAAUUGGACAUCGUAUAUCUCAAGUAUACCUCGGCAGACCCCGUGCCCCAAGGCUGUACGACAGUAAACUUCAUUUUUGCCCAUGGCACCGGAAUGAACAAGAGUUUGUGGAAACGCCACAUUGAAGAAUUGUACGGCAAAAACAAAAGCUGCACUGGCUGGAAGGUCGGCUGUGUGCUUUCUGUGGAUGCGGUUGGCCAUGGCGAUUCGGCACUCAUAAACAAGGAAAAGAUUUCCUGGGCCAACGACUGGCGAGACGGCGCCAAGGAUUUGAUCGAGACCACGGGCGACUUUCUUCCCUCUGCGUAUACACGCAAUAUUGUAGUGGGCCAUUCAAUGGGCGGCUUCCACGCCACGUAUGCCUCCUUUUUGGAGCCGACUUUGUUUGAUGCGUGCGUGGCCAUAGAGCCGGUGAUUUUCAUCGACCAAGGCGCCAAUCCGCUUGCGGUGGCCCGGAUGAAAAAGAUCGGCCUGGUUUUGCGGGACCAGUUUGCGUCGAGGGCAGACGCGGACGCCUUCUUCCAAAAGGGCAGUUUUUAUAGGGUCAUGGAUCCGCGCGUGCUUGCCGAUUUUACCAGCGACGAGCUUCAUUGGGAAAACGGGCAGUUGAGGACCAAGGCCACCAAAGACGCGCAGCUUGCAGCAUACCUCUCUGCGGUGUACUCCGUUCGUUUUGGCCAGAACAUCUUGCUGUUACUCGAAGUUCCCUACUUGCUUAUCACAGGCGAGCAGGCCGCGUGGAACUCGCCCAAAUCGGACAGGCAUAUCGAGAAGUCUGUCUCUAGCCACUUGCUCGAAACAGUGAAACUCCGGGGCGACCACCUUGUGCAUGCUCUGAAUGUAGGGGAUACCGUAGAUGCCAUCUACAGCUUUGCAGGACGUAGGGCCGAAUUUGUGGCGAGCCACAGAAAUGAGUUCCCCGAGGUCAAACUCGAAAACAGCGCCGGCGCCAGGGUCAAGGCCAUGUUCAAGCACAUGUGGAAAGGAGAUAUGGACAAGGCGUUCCGGUGGGAUCGACCCGAGGCCAAACUCUAGAUUUGGGUCUUUUGGGAGCAGUUUUCUGAAUCGAAGACAGCAUAUUUAUUCAUGUAUGGAGCUCAACAAAUGCAUCGUAAUGUUUAUUGCAGGAGUUUCAUCUGGGUGCUGAUGAGGAUCAUUGAGGAAAUGAACAUCACGUCUGCUUUUCUGCUCCAAAGUCAACUUCGUCGUAUAAGGAGAGAAAAUACAGCUGCCGUGUUCCUCGAUGCCUUGGUUAUACGGCACCCUCAGUCACCCGGAGCCAGGUAUCGACACCACUACAAACGUCGGAGCGUUUUGGCAAAUUUACUCGUCUGUUUGUGAACAAAGUUUAUUGUUUAAUGAGGC